AUGCCUUCGCAAAAUGAGCUUCAUGUUUUGAUUAUCGGCGCCGGACUUGGUGGCCUAGUCCUUGCCCAGGCUCUGCGAAAGCAAGGCAUAUCAUUCGAGAUGCAUGAGAAAACCUCAGACUCGCGUUUUCAAGGCUGGGCUAUUGGAAUUCAUAGCAUCAUCAACGACCUCUUGGAGCACUUUCCCUCGGACAUGCCGCCUGUAGAUCUGGCCGACAUAUUCUUGCCGCUUUCAUUGCCCGCGCAAAUGAUAUUUUAUGGUAAUAAUGAGCUUGAGCCUCGUUACGGUGUACAGGAUACCGGAACUAAGGCUGUUAUUCGGUGCAAUCGGCAGCGUCUAAGGUCAUGGCUUGCAACCAAUAUACAUAUCAAUUUCGGCAAUGCAGCUACUACAGUGGAGGAAAUUUCAGGCAAUCAAGUUAGGGUGAAGUUUGAAAAUGGUUCUAGUGCAGUUGGCGACAUUGUGGUCGGCGCGGAUGGUGUCAACAGCGCUAUACGUCAACAAUUGGUACAGCCCGAUCCAGUGCAUGUGCUUCCGAUUACCACGGUUGUUGGCGAGAUCGUUCUAUCCGGCAAAGAAUUCGAAAAACAACUCGAAUUGGGAUAUAGCGGUUACGUGGCACAUGAUGCAAGUUCACAAGAUGAAGGAAGUGGAAGAAUAUUUGUGGGUUUGAAUUCGGUCAAUGACGAUGGAAAGUCAGGCAACUAUUACUGGUCUGUGAACUAUGUUGACCCAACUGCUUCAAAACUUCCUCAUUGGACAGCAGAGGCAAGUAAGGCCGAAAGAUACCAGCUUGCAUUGGAAAAGACAAGUCAUCUCAAGCCUGAGUUUACGGAGAUAAUUCGUCAAACGGGUAUAGAAGGCAUGUCGGAUGUCCAAAUAUGUCUCCGGGAAUUGGAACUGCGGGACCUCCCUGCAGGAAGAGUGACCUUGCUCGGAGAUGCAGCUCAUUGCAUGACGCCUUUCCGUGGAGAGGGUGGGGUGCAGGCCAUGCGUGAUGCUCUUUAUCUGUCAAAAGCUAUUGAGCUAGUGGGAAAAAGUGCCACCGAUAAAAGCAAGAUGAUUCGCUUUAUGAGGGAAUACCAGAAUGAGAUGCUCUCUCGGGGUAGCAAAGCGGUUCGCCUUUCGCGGGAUGAAUGGACCAAGGUAUCUAAGGAAGGGCGAUCCAGCUGGGGCACCAAACACUCAAUAAUUCCAUUCGAGAAGGUCACAUUGAACGAUAUUCCAUUCAAGUUAGCAAAAUAG